UGCAACUUUUCUCGUUCUUUCUCCGUAUCGAACUGGUACGCGCCAUUUUACUGCUCGUGCAGGAGCUUGCUGUCGCGAGCUUGGUUUCACAACUUGCGGAUACCUUGACUUGGCAAUAGAAUAGCUUUAAAGUCAUGUCGAACGGUAGCGGAGAUCACGACGAUGAAGGAUACGUCGUUAAGAUGCGUGGACUCCCGUGGUCUACCACUGUAGAUGAGAUCAUAAAGUUUUUUGCCGAUUGUUCCAUUUCUAAUGGCAAAAAUGGGGUGCAUAUGACUAUGUCACGUGAGGGACGCCCCAGUGGCGAAGCUUAUGUAGAAAUGGAUACUCCAGAGGAUAUUGAGAAAGCUUGCAAACGAGACAGAGACCACAUGGGUCACCGAUACAUUGAAGUAUUUAAAGCCAAACGUGGUGAGAUGGAAUGGGUUGUGAAGAGGAGCGGUCUUAACUUGGAGAAUGCAAUGGACGAUGGUUGCGUGAGAUUACGUGGUCUACCAUUUGGUUGUUCAAAAGAGGAGAUUGCACAAUUCUUCUCAGGGUUGGAGAUUUUGCCGAACGGGAUUUCGCUACCUACAGACUACACGGGCCGCAGUACUGGGGAGGCUUACGUUCAAUUUGUUAACAAAGAUGUUGCGGAGCGCGCUCUGCAGAAACACAAGGAAAAGAUAGGACACAGAUACAUCGAGAUCUUCCGAAGCAGCUUGUCCGAAGUACGCGCUAGUAUCGGGCCAAAAAUGCGCGGUGGACCCAUGGGCGGUUUUAAUCAGAGGCCCGCGCCGUACACUCGUGGCGAUCGCUUCGGUGGGAUGAAUCGUUUCAGCAACAACGGCAGAGGAUCCAGAAACAGAGAUUUUGACAAUGGCCCAUGGGGAAACGGAAGCAACUAUGGAUCUCGCGGUGGCAACAUGGGAAUGCGUGGCGGCAUGGACAUGAAGGGCGGCAAUUACAGAGGUAGCGGUGACUCCUGGGGUGGUAAUUCGGGCGUUCACAGUAUCCACAUGCGAGGAUUGCCAUUUAAAGCGACAGAACAAGAUAUAGCUGAUUUCUUCAGACCGAUCGAGCCGGUAAACGUCCGCAUUAUUCUGGAAAAUGGUGGUCGUCCAUCAGGAGAAGCUGAUGUGGAGUUUGCGACCCACGAGGAAGCCGUGAAAGCAAUGUGCAAAGAUAAAAGCCACAUGUUGCAUAGAUACAUUGAACUGUUCCUGAAUUCAACCGGCGGCUCGAGUGGCAUGUCAUUGAGUGGCAUCGGUAAUUUCUGCGGAGGCAUAGGCAACAACUUCAGGCCAGGAUACUCGCCGAAUCGGGGCUUCAGUUCACAGUUGGGAGGCAAUAAUUAUAAUAGUUUUUGAGACCGGGCAAUGCGUUUUAACGCUGAACGACGAUUAUAAACGGUCGAAGAAUCAAAGUGGAUUGCUGAUCACACAAACCACACCUAAAAUUAUACUGCAACGCAAUGUCGAAUUCAUACACAUUUUUCUUUUCUUUAAUUAUAUCUUAUAUAUUAAUCGUAACCAAACCAAUAGUGUGUAAGAAGUACCUGCUUAUUCUUUUCUUCUCUUUUCGUUAAGAAUAAAAAAUUUCUAUCAGAAAUACUCUAUGUAUGAAAUACAUACGAUUUAAGUAUCAUGAUGAAAGGCGUGCCUAAGGAUGAAAGAUGACAAUUUCUUUUCAUUUCAUUUUUGAUAUCGUGUGCUUUUUUUCUUUUUAAGUAGCCUAUUGCAAAAGAAAUUUAUUGCAAGUAUUGAGAAAGAUUGAAGAUGAAAACUUAUCUUAAUGAUAUUAGAUUUGUUUUUUCACGACAAUGUUUAUGGUUACGCGGCAUAUAAUUUGUUCUCAUCUAGUAUCAAAUGAUUAAAGUAAUUUUAUAUGAUACGUAGCCAUGUGUUACAUAUCCUAACAGCUUUGAUGCGAGCUUAGACGUGAUGUUUGUCGGUGUGCGUCGAGAUAUAGCGUGCAAGCUGAAGCGCAAAGUAUACAAUUGUAAUAUACACGACUGAUUAAUAGUUUGCGAUCGUACCUCAACAAAUUUAUCGUGUUUACAUAUUUGCUGUGACGUGCAGGAUAUGUAGGUUUCAGAACACUCAUUCAAACACAUUCAUUUUUGUCAUGGCGCGAUAUAAUAUAUUAUACUCCGAUCUUCGAAAUAUCUUGGAAGUAAGAAGUCAUAGCUCUUAUAGAUAUUGGUGUUAAUAAACUGUAUAAGAAAGUGCCAGCUGGCAAAUAUCAAUGUUGUGUACAUCUUAAAACGUAAAUGCAACUUCGGAUUAUAUUCUCUGAAAUAUUUGAAUAAAAAAAAAAAGGUAAA